AACAGUCACAGUAUCUGUACCCCCAUCUGUAACUGCCGCUCGAGAGCCGUCCUGUUUGCCGACGUUGUAGAGUAAAAGUGAGAGCUCUGUCACUCUCACUGUGGGGAUUAUUGCAGUAGUGGUGUACUUCCUCUCGCAAGACUUCCAGUUGCUAAGUACUCUGCAUCUGUCAACUUCACCUCUGUCUGGUUUGCGGUAACCCCCCACCUCGCCCACCCUGUGUGCCACAUGUGAGAAAGUGUUGGGGCAGAUCGUGAUGCCUCUUCAUUCCAAUCCUUCAAUAAUAAUAACUAAUAUAACCAAUGGCAGUUAUGAGUUAACUCCUCCACCUCCACCCAAAAACAUUUUUGCAUGUGUCGAUCAAAGGCACGAGAUACCAAGAGCGACAGUUGGCAUGCUACCACAGAUCAAGUGUAUCCCUUUCCUGUGUGAAUGCUCCACCCAACACUUGGUGGCCCACACGUAAACAACACAGUGAUGAAGUUCUGUCUGUUUUCCACUGAUAUUAGUCUGUUUUGUAGACUCGCACAAAAGAUUGAGGUAAUUUGAGGCCGUUCCGAUCCAUUCAUGAUGGAAAACAGCACCAAGUUAGACAACGCCACCCUGUCCCUGCUUCAGAACAGGGACACCAGCAUCAUCAUGUCUCUCAUUUAUAUUGUCGUCACCGUCAUUAACCUGGUGGGAAAUGGUAUCUCCAUGUGGCUCCUCCUCUUCCGCACCUGGCCCAAGUCUCCCUCCAUCAUCUUCAUGAUCAAUCUCACCCUCACGGACUUGGCCCUCGGCGUUGCGCUGCCCUUUCAGAUCACCUACCAGCUCCGAGGAUACAACUGGGAUCUGGGGCCCAAAAUGUGCAGUGUCCUGACCCUCGUCUUCUACACCAACAUGUACUGUUCUAUCCUGACCAUGAUGGCCAUCGGCAUCGACCGCUACCUGGGCAUAGCUAGGCCCAUGCUGUUCAGACAGACCAGGGAGAGGAAGUCCAUCGCUGUCAUCAGUUGCCUCCUCAUGUGGGCUGUGGUCUUGUGCGUUUUGUGCCCACUGAUGACCACAGACCUGACCUACAACCUUCCUGAACAGGGGAUCACCACGUGCUUUGACGUGCUGAAGAAAAAAAUGCUCCCGACCCCGCUGGCCUGGGCUGCCUUUGUGUUCAGCAUCUUUAGCCUCUUCCUCUUCCCUUUCAUAGUCACAACUUUCUGCUACGUCAGUGUCAUACGCAAACUGGCCACUGUUUCCAAGACAGCCCAGAAAGAGAGAGCGAUACGUCUGGCCAUUAUCGUUCUCCUGGUCUUCACCCUCUGCUUUGCACCCAACAACAUUAUCCUGAUGAGUCAUGCUGUGCUGAAAAUCUUCUACGGGAAGUCUUUAUACAGGGCUUACAAACUGAGCCUCUGUUUCAGCUGCCUGAAUAGCUGCCUCGAUCCUUUCAUCUACUACUUUGCCUCAAAGGAAUUCAGACAAAAGCUGAGGGAGAUGUUAAACCUGCACAGUGUGAGCAGUAUGGACUCCAUGAGGCUGGAGAAUAAGCAGAUUUUGUACUCGGCACAGUUCACUUCAGAAGGUCAAGAGAGAGAAAAAUAAAAAGGUGUCUUUGAUGCCACGGCACACAACGUCAUAGAGCGAGCCAGGGAAUGUAAAACAAGAGACAAGAGUGCGGGACGUCAGGAGGGAAGUGAAAGAAAAAUGAUGUUAAGGGGUUGCCCAGUGUAUGACUAACUCUUCCUUAUUCUCUUAAAAUUUCCAAAAUGUUUAUACUCUAGUUUUUUCUUUGAAAUACAUUUGCUUUCACUGUGUCCAAAUAUAGAUAUGCUUUAAAAAUGUACAUUUUGAACAUUACUUCUGUUCAAGUCUGUGGUCAGUGAUUAUCUAGGAUUAACUAUAGCCUACUCACAUAUGCUGUAAUCCAUACACUCCCUUCAUCUCUAUCAGACAUUUUCUCAUGUAUAAAUACUUUAAACAUUGACACAUUUCUCCAUUAUGUUACUAACUGUUUCUUCUAGUCAAUGUUGUAAAUACUGUUAUUUUGUGGAUCUGUUGCAUUUCUGUCUGUUUCUGGUACUUUUCCUGACUCUUGUUGAGGGUUAAGAACAGAAGAUGUCGUACCAUGAUAAGCUCAAUGAGACAAAAUGUGAUUUUUAAAUAUGGGCUAUACAAAUAAACUUUGAUUGAUUUGUUGAUAGUUUCCUCUUGUUUCACAACCCUAUUUUCAUUCUUAUUUACAGUGUUCCUCUUCACCAAAAUAGAAUUAUUAUCAUUAUCAAAAUUAUUAUUCGUAUUAUAAUUGGAAGUAGCAGCAGUAGCAGGAGCUUGGAUGCUGCUCCUACUCCAACAAUCAGUUAUCGGUGGACCUGAUCUGCAAAUGUCUGUACUGUGUUUAUCAUCGCCAAUUCACUGCAUUGCACUGUCUCUGUUAUUUGUAUUUAUAUUUUAUACUUAAAAUUUACCGUUCACUGUUUUUGCUACUUUU